AUGGCACCCCUCAACUGCUCAGCUGCCGGCACUGGGGUGGAGACCGCUGUGGGCACCAUGCUGACACUGGAGUGUGCUCUGGGCCUUACAGGUAAUGCUGUCGCCCUCUGGACCUUCUUUUACCGUCUCAAGGUGUGGAAGCCUUACGCGGUCUACCUGUUCAACCUGGUGGUGGCUGACAUGCUACUGGUCACCUGUCUGCCAUUCCUCACUGUCUUCUAUCUGAAGGGCAAGACCUGGGGACUCGGCCAUGUACCCUGCCAAAUCCUGCUCUUCCUGCUGGCCUUCAGCCGUGGCGUGGGGGUGGCCUUCCUGACGACAGUGGCUCUAGACCGGUAUCUGCGUGUGGUCCAUCCUCGGCUCCGAGUCAACUUGCUAUCUCCAAGGGCGGCCUGGGGCAUCUCUAGCCUAGUAUGGCUUCUCAUGGUUGCUCUUACUCCCCAAAACAUGCUCAUCCACAAGGCUACCCAGAAUUCCACCAAGUGCCCCAGCUUCUACCCCAUAGGAGAAACUGAGGCCGGCGCCAUCUGGCAGGAGGUGCUCUUCUUCCUACAGCUCCUGCUUCCCUUCGGCCUCAUCUUCUUCUGCAACAUUGGACUCAUCAGGACCCUCCAGGAGAGACUCCGGGAGUCUGACAAACAGCCCAGGCUCCGGAGGGCCAGGGCACUGGUUGCCGUGGUGCUGUUGCUGUUUGGACUGUGCUUCCUGCCUAGUGUCCUGGCCCGAGUCCUGGUGCAUGUCUUUCGGGAGUUUGAGAGCUGCAGCGUCCAGCUAGCCAUAGUACAGGCCUCCGACGUCGCUGGCAGCCUCACCUGCCUGCACAGUGCAUUGAGCCCAGCCGUUUACUGCUUCUCCAACCAGGCCUUCACCCACUCGUACCGGAAGGUGCUCAGAAGCCUUCGAGGCUGGAGGAAGGCAGCAGAGCCGGCUAGCUCCAACCUCAAGGACUCCUAUUCCUGAUGACUCCUGAAAUCCUCAGCUCCCCCUUUUCUGGAACCACCUUGAAUCUGAACAAUAACCCGAUAACCUCUGGGUCAGAAGAGAGAAAGUGCACUACAAGGAUCCAGACACAGUCAACGCCAUGACACGUUUGGUUCACCCGGAUUUCCCCUGCGUCUGUCACACUGCGGAGUAGCAGAUCACCCAGACACUUUGUGCAUCCUUUGCACAGUGACUGUCCUGAUGGAGUUGCCAAGCUGAGAGGUUGAGCUCUUCUGCACAUCCACACAGGAAGAUU